AUGGCAUCAUCUAUGACCAUCUCCUUUAGACUAUUCAGUUUUACCUUGAUCAUAAUGAUAUUGAUGGGUACUUCUUUGGCUCAACUAACUCCCAACUUCUACUUGAGAAGUUGUCCGCAAGUUUUUGAGGUCGUUGGGUCAGUGGUUUGGACCGUUGUAUCAAUGGAGAGGCGUAUGGGUGCAUCCCUUCUUCGGCUCCAGUUUCAUGAUUGUUUCGUCAAUGGUUGUGACGCAUCAAUUCUACUAGAUGAUACACCUACACUCGAAGGGGAAAAAACCGCCGCACCAAAUAUCAAUUCUGCUAGGGGAUUUGAGGUGAUAGAUAUUAUCAAGUCGAAUGUUGAAAAAGUUUGUCCCGGUGUUGUCUCUUGUGCUGAUAUAAUAGCCAUUACUGCUCUAGAAUCCGUUCUUGCUUUAGGCGGUCCUAGAUGGAAAGUUAAGCUAGGAAGAAGAGACUCAUUGUCAGCAAGCUUUUCCGCAGCUAAUGGUAGCGCCAUUCCACUACCAACAUUCUCCCUCAAAAACCUCAUUUCCACCUUCCAAGCGGUUGGUCUUUCCGCACAUGACAUGGUAGCCCUUACAGGCGCGCAUACAAUUGGAAAAGCACAUUGUCCUAGUUUCAGGUCACGUAUAUACAACGAAAUCAACAUUGAUCCUUUAUUCGCCAGCAUAAUGCAAUUAAAUUGCCCACAAAGUUCGGGUUUUGGGGAUAAUAACCUUGCACCAAUUGACCUUAAAACACCAAACUAUUUUGACAAUAGUUACUAUAAGAACUUGGUCAAGCAAAAAGGUUUGCUGCAUUCUGAUCAAGAAUUUUAUAGUGGAGGUUUUACGGAUUCGUUGGUGGAACAUUACAGUAAAAAUCCUUUAAGUUUUGAAAAGGAUUUUGCAGCUGCCAUGAUCAAAAUGGGAGAUAUUAGUCCUCUUACAGGUGACCAUGGCGAGAUUAGGAAAAACUGCAGGGUGAUUAACUCGUAA